CUUAACGUUACAAUUUGUUUCUGAAUUUAUGUUUAUCAAUUGAUGAUUUCAGAGAUUUAUGUGAAUACACCAAAUUGUUAACUAUGUUUUAGGAUAACAAUAUAGCUUACAUACUCCUAACGUUAUCUAAGUUAACAUGGGGUUAUUAUCAGACCCGGAGUAUGGGUCGGCGAAAUGGGUUAAGAUCCUUCGAAAAAUUCAAGGGCCGCUAUGUCUUCUGUUUUACAUUGGAGCAAUUGGAUGGUUUCUGAUGCUUGGAAAUCGGGACUUCAACAAUGAGACGUAUUUCUCAGAGAAUGCUUUACUCCCGGGUUUAGUUGCAAAGGAGUUUAACGCUGAAUCAAGUGCAAAUAGGUUCUAUAGUGAACUUUUGCAAGAAAUGGAGGAAAAGUAUGAAGAAACAGGUGAAAUGCCUGUAUCCUGGCUAGUUGGUAAAAUGUCUCAGUUGCAUUUAGAAGUUUACACUCACAACUUCACCCUCAAUUAUCCAAUGGGACAGGGCCAGGUGUACAAAGGUACUAAUGUGUAUGGCAUACUAAGAGCUGCAAGAACCCCUUCCCUUGAAGCAUUGGUUGUAUCAGCUCCAUUCCGAUACAUGUCCACACAUCAGAAGGGAACCGCAGCUGGGAUUGCAUUGAUGUUGUCAUUCGCACAAUUUGCUAGACCUCAAAAAUAUUGGGCCAAGGAUAUAAUAUUCCUUGUGACAGAAUACGAACAACUAGGAAUGCAGGCCUGGCUUGAAGCAUACCAUGGACUUAACAAUGAACCUGGAAACUUCUACUCAAGUCUAGGAAGUUUCUGGAAACAAGAUCUACCUUUGUUAGAUCUAGCUAAGUUUACGUCGCCUAUAGAUUGGGGUGAAGAGGCACAAAGUCUUAAUCCAGGCAAAUUGCAAGGCAGAUCUGGAUCUAUACAGGCGGCUAUCAAUUUGGAAUUUGAUUCACCUAAAUUUAAGUACAUAGAGGUGAAAAUCGAAGGAUUAAACGGACAACUACCUAAUCUGGACCUUGUGAAUUUAGUUCAUAAACUAUGUGUGAAAUCUGGGAUACAUCACUCUUAUAAGAACAGUUAUUCAUGGAUUCGUCGUAACAAGAUGGACGAAUGGGUGAACGGUAUUUGGACAAUGCUCGGUAUGGUGAACACACAAUUCCCUGGGGUACCAAAUGGUAAUCACGGAUUAUUCCAUCGUUUCGGAAUCGAAGCUGUGACUUUAGAAGGUAGAGAUGCAAACGACCCGGCGGGAAUUCCGCCCAAAGUUAACUCUAUACCCACCGCUAGCUUCUACAAACUCGGCACAGCUUUAGAAAGUAUAAUCCGAUCGUUGAAUAACUUGCUAGAGAGAUUUCACCAAAGUUACUUCUUUUAUCUUCUUGCUUCCACUAAUAGAUUUAUUUCUAUCGGACAAUAUAUGCCAUCACUCUGUUUACUCUGUGCUGCUAUGUUAAUACGAGCAUUAUCGCUAUGGGUUAAUAUACAAGAUGACGAAACUGACGCACAAAAUGAUACGCCAAAAGAUAAAGAUACAAAAGUAGCACAAAAAGAUACAAAAGACGCACCGAAAGAUACAAAAGCAGCACAGAAAGAUACAAAAGAUAAUUCAGGAAUAACGGAGAAUAUUGAAAAGAAAUCGGACAAAGCAUCCGAUAAAAUAGAGGAUAAAUUAGAAAGUGACGGGAAAUCGGAUAAAGAUGAUGUUAAAGAUCUAGUAUCAAAAGAUGAAGGGAAAGGUGAUGGAUUUAGCGUAGUAAAUAUAGGAGCUAAUUAUCUUUUGGUACAUUUAUUGGGAUAUAUGGUGAUGAACUCUCCUGUAAUCUUCAGUCAAAUUGGUGCGAAGUAUUUCGAAUAUCCGUCAGAGUUCUCUGUUUACUGCGGUUUUAUUGGAUUAUCAAUUAUUAUAACCAUUAUAUCGCCGUUUUUACCACGACUGUUCAGAUCUGGGCCAUUAACACGAGAAGAAAUGACAUUAAUGAAUAUAUUGGUUUUAAUUGAAUUAUCAACCGCAUGUCUUGCUAUUGGUAUGCAUAAUUUCUCUCUAGGACUUGUGGUAGCGACAGUUUAUACCCCAUUGUCUCUGGUCGUCGGAGUCAUUGACAGUAAGAAACGAUCAAUAAUGCUACAAGUGAAGCGUAUAAUCUGCCUUCUUCUUCACCCGCUGUGCUUUAUGUCUUUGGCCAUGAUAAGUUACAGCCGCGUGUUGUUCCCUGAGGAGGGGUUGGGUAAUAUGAUUUCCCGCGGGAAGGACGCCGCCAUGCAAGCUGUCAUGUUCUCCAUUGUUGACUCUAUGAUUUAUGGCAACUGGUUGUACAAUGUUGCUACAUGCAUAUUUCUUCCAACUUGGAUCAUCUUUUGGCAAAUACUAUGUAACAAAGUUGAGAUUUCUUAGUACAAAACUAAUUUAUUAGACAUAAUUUAAGUUUAUUUGUAAUUUUCAUGUUCUGUUGAUAACUGGGAGAUUUGUGUAAAACAGUUUUAUAAGUUUUAAAUGAGAUUUUAAAACUGGAUGAAAUGAAUGGUUAUGUUUUUUUUUAUUCCAAAGAGAAAUAAAUGUGUUUGUAUUCUUA